AUGGAUUUUUUUACUAUAAUAUUCUUCGUAAUAAAAACAACCACCUCCCAAAUUCUCAACUACAUUGACGAGGAGAACACCGAAACGGUAGGCGGUCUCGUCCAAGGCAGCGUGAAGUUGCGCUGCAGAGGGGCCACCACUUUCGACCCCUUUACUCAUUCGGUAUACUGGUACGACACCGUCUACAACACCGACGAAAAUCCGAUUCUGAUAUUUUCGAGUAUUAACAAUACCGACUUCAAUCCGAAUCCGAAUCACCCGAAAUCUGCGCAUUACUUGAUCGACUUUUCAGACUUUAGUCUCACAAUCAGCUCACUUGAUCUGGACAACGAUCCUGGAUGUUACUUCUGCGUUGUUGAGCUUGACGGCAAUGUUACAUUCAGGCAGAGUUAUGAUUUGACUAUUUUCGGUCCCCCUGAAUGUAAAGGCGAGUUCGAAGUAACGGAAAAUGUUACGGUGGAACUGACCUGCCUGGCCAACCAUUCCGGCAAGCUGCUUCCGAAGUUGAGGUGGUUCAAAGAGGAAAAUAUCAUGAAGGGAAGGUCAUCUGUGGAGGUGAGGCGGACGACUGAGGUUGUCAGUUUCACGGCCAGCUCCAACGACAACCAGGUGAAGCACAUCUGCCAAAUGACCUACGGAAACGGACUGGUGGAAGAAUGCGAGGGGAUCAUGAAAGUCCAAUUUUUCGUGCGAGACUUGACUAUUGAACCGAACAAACGCACUUUCUUUGUAAAAGAGGAAAUCAAAUGUUCGGCGAGGGGCAACCCGCCGCCCAAAGUUUACUUUGGCACCGCGUCGGUCCUUGCCGUGAAGGGGAUUACUAAAUCCAAGUCCUUACAAAUACAAUCUUCAUGGGCAGAUCAAGUGAGAAAAGAGAACGAAAUCAAAGAUAACUUAGAUAAAGUCACUGAUCAGACCUACUUGGUACUGACGGCCAUCAUAGUAGGGGCCUCUGUCUUGUUGGUGCUCAUCUUCGUUUGUGUUGUUGUUAAGAAGAGGCAGAAAAGAAAGUUAAAUAGGACUGCUCACAUGAGGAAAGAACCUGUCAGAGUUUGA